AAAACAGUUGAGGAAAUAAUAGAACAAGAUUCUCUCUCUCUCUCUCUCUCACUUCUAUUUCAAUUUACUGAUUUUGUCAGUGAAUAGCACUGUUGUUAAAAUAAAGUGUUGACACUUGAAAAAGUAUAUAUCCCUUCUCGGUGGCCAUUCCGUUUGUAAUCCUAGUAGUAGUUGGAAAACCAUGGAGUUUUGGGGGUUAAUUCUGUGUCUCUUGUUAACCAUAACUCUGCUUCAAACCCUCCAUUCGAUUCUAAGGCCAACCCGAACAAAAUCAAAUCUUCCACCGGGCCCGACUCCGCUACCGGUCAUCGGCAACCUCCUAAAACUGAGUAACAAGCCCCACAAGUCCAUGGCCGAGCUAGCCAAAACUCAUGGCCCAAUCAUGAGUUUGAAAUUGGGCCAGAUAACCGCAGUGGUCAUUUCUUCUCCUGCCUUGGCCAAAGAAGUGCUCAAAAAGCAAGACCUUGCUUUCUCCUUCAGAACCAUCCCCAAUGCCCUGCAAGCCUACGACCAGCAUAAAUACUCCGCCGUCUGGCUGCCGGUCUCCGACCGGUGGCGUAGCCUCCGAAAGAUCAUGACAUCAAAUAUGUUUUCAGUUGCCAGACUUGAUGCUAAUCAAAAUCAACGGCGGGAGAAGGUCAAAGACUUGAUCGCCUAUGCUGAAAAAUGUUGUCAAGAAGGUGUUGCAUUUGACAUAGGCAGGGCCGCUUUCACGACUUCCCUUAACAUGUUGUCCAACACCUUUUUUUCGGUGGAUUUGGCCGACCUGAGUCAGGAUUCAGCGAAAGAGUUGAAUGACUUGGUUGUUAGUAUGGCGGUCGAGGCUGGCAAACCCAACUUGGUUGAUUACUUCCCCGUGCUUGCGAAGAUUGACCCACAAGGUAUAAGGAAACGCAUGACGGUUUAUUUCGGAAAAAUACUUCAGUUAUUUGGUCGAUUGAUUGACGAAAGAUUAAAUUUAAGGGAAUUGUACAAUCCUAAUGCAGAAAAAGAUGUGAUAGAUAUUUUACUCAAUUUAAGCGAAGAGAUUGAUCGAACUCACAUCGAGCGUAUGUGUUUGGACCUAUUUAUAGCAGGGACAGAUACAACAUCAACAACAAUUGAGUGGGCAAUGGCGGAACUACUUCACAAUCCGGAGUACUUAAAGAAAGCAAAAACCGAGCUUGAACAAAUUAUUGGCAAAGGGAAACCAAUUCAUGAAUCAGACAUUUCGCAACUGCCUUACUUGCGAUCCAUUGUGAAGGAGACGAUGAGGAUUCACCCGCCGGCUCCAUUCUUACUCCACAGAGUAGAGACAGAUGUUGAAGUGUAUGACUACACAGUCCCUAGGGGGGCACAAGUGCUAGUAAAUGUUUGGGCUAUUGGCAGAGACCCUAGCAUAUGGAGAAAUCCAACGACUUUCAUGCCUGAGAGGUUUUUGGAGUCGGAAAUUGAUGUCCGAGGUCAAGACUUUGAGCUGAUUCCUUUUGGCGCCGGGCGAAGAAUGUGCCCUGGGUUGCCUCUGGGCCUAAGAAUGGUUCACGUGGUGUUGGGUUCGCUCAUAAAUUCGUUUGAUUGGAAGCUUGAAGGUGGGAUAACAAGAAAGGAGUUGGACAUGGAUGACAAGUUUGGCAUCACCUUACGAAAGGCUCAACCUCUACGUGCCAUUCCUUUUCAUAUGUGACAAUGUCUCGGUUUUUUUUUUUCUUUUUUGUAUGUGUGUGCAUGUUUUUUAUUGUCUAAGUUCAUGUAUGACAAUGUAUUUUGAUUUGAAUUUGUUCCAUUAAUAAUAAAUGAAUAAGGAUUCUGAUUUUCGCGCUCAA